AAGCAUAUAUCGGCAUCAGCCGAAUUUACUGAUAAGGACGACAAAGAGGACUCCGGAUGCCACCUAGCGCUAUAUACACAAUUCAUCCCAACACCAUCCCAUCUGACAAUCAGGGAUUUCUGAACAAUGUCCAAGAAGAAUUUGACCUUACACGAGCCUACAUACAGAGUGCAGAAAUGGGAACUGUCACUCCACUCCUCAAACAAGAACUACGUUUUAAGAUCCAGGCGAGACGUCUAUCAGAGGGCAGAGCCGAACUUUCGGUUACAGAAACAAACAAAAAUCCUGAAGAAGACAAGCUGACCAUCGAAGAUAUAAAGAAAAGGAGGCAGAGACAAAAACAAAACGCUGAAUCAAGCCAACGAGCAAGGCGACGAGAGAUGUUACGAGAGGAUGUUCUUUGGAAGAGAAUUAAUGUUUUCAGUGCAGCAAACAACAGAUUGAGGAGGACACGGGAUGCCUUACAGCAGGAAAAAGAAGAUAUAAUGAACAAACUACAAAACAUUGGAUGCAUCCAUGAAACAAUAUCAGAAUGUCCAACAUCAAACAGAAAUCUGCACAUAAAAGUAGUGUCCCCACGAACCAGAACUCCAACAAUAUGUGUGUUGGAAUCUUCACAAACCAGCAGUUCAGAAAAGAAAUUGGUGUCGCCUCCUCACACAAGUCUAAACAAAAGUGUGAUAUCAUCUCAACAAACAGGAAGUACAAUCAAACAAGUGGAGUUGACUCCAUCAACAGGAAGUCCAAAAGAACGUGUUGCCUUCAUAAACAGGAAAUUAAAAAAAAAGAGUGAUGCUGCCUUCACAAACCGGGAAGUCCAAACAAACGAGUGAUGCCGCCUUCACAAACAUGAAGUCCAAACUAAAUGAAUUGUAUUUACUGACCUGCCUGAUAUUGCUUCAUCCGGACUCACAUGUAGAGAAUGAACUGUACAUAAAAUUAUGGGAAUAAAUAUUCCCAAUCAAUAAUUCUAAAAAAAACUUUUGCUAUCUUGUGCUUUCAUUUCAAAUAAAACA